UUUUCAAUCUAAAGUGUUUCUCUUCCUCUCUAAUAAAACAUCUGAACCUUCUAAGACCUCUAAGAAUUUCUUACUAAAAUAUGCUGGAAGACCUUGGAACUUGUUUUUACCCCGAAGAUUUUUCUCAUUUUAUUAUUUUGGACUGAUUGUCCACAGAUGUGGAAGCUACACCUUUUUGUUGGGUCGGUUUUUCAGUCGGUAGGUGGGGAGAGAGAUGAAUCGACUCAAAAUUAGCACUUGCAGAAACAACACUGCAUCUUCCUGGCUCAUGAAAUUCAGUUUUCUUUGGCUGCUUAGUCAGAACUGCUGCAGAGCCAGUGCUGUUUGGACCGCUUACAUGAACAUCUCAUUUCACGUUGGGAAUCGGAUGCUGUCAGAGUUGGGGGAAACUGGAGUGUUUGGGAGAAGCUCUGCUUUGAAGAGAGUGGCAGGAGUUCUCGUGCCGCCGGAUGGAAAAGCUCAAAGCGCAUGUAAUCCCAAUACCGGUUUCACCAGGUUGAAGAACACCGAUACCUGGCUCGCACUUGUUGAACGAGGAGGAUGUACCUUCACGCAGAAAAUUAAGGUGGCCCUUGAGCGCGGAGCCAGUGGAGUGAUCAUCUACAACUUCCCAGGAACUGGCAAUCAGGUCUUUCCCAUGUCGCACCAGGCAUUUGAAGAUAUCGUUGUGGUGAUGAUUGGUAACCUAAAGGGCAUGGAGAUUUUACAUUUAAUUCAGAAGGGAGUUCACGUUACAGUCACAGUUGAGGUGGGGAGAAAACACAUCAUCUGGAUGAAUCAUUAUUUUGUCUCUUUUGUGAUCGUCACAACUGCUACUUUAGCAUAUGUCAUCUUUUAUCAUAUUCGGAGACUUUGGAUAGCAAGGAUUCAGAACCGGAGGUGGCAGCGGUUAACAACUGAUCUCAAGAAAGCCUUUGGCCAGCUCCAGCUUCGGGUUCUCAAAGAGGGGGAUGAGGAAAUCAGCCCAAAUGCAGAUAGCUGCGUAGUUUGCUUUGAACUCUAUAAAGCUAAUGAUACAGUUCGUAUUCUCACCUGUAAACACUUUUUCCACAAGAAUUGCAUCGACCCUUGGAUUCUGACCCAUGGGACGUGCCCCAUGUGCAAAUGUGACAUUCUUAAAGCUUUGGGUAUUCAGGUAGAUGUUGAAGAUGGAACAGAAUCUUUGCAAGUUCUCAUGUCGAAUGAAUUGUCCGGUGCCCUGUCCCCUGCUGAAGAGGAGACAGGCAAUGAACUUUCUCCUGUAAGAGGGUCUGACAAAGUGACCCCUUUGGAGGGGGAGGGUGAGGAGGAGCAGCGGCCGCCGCCUGAGAAUGACAGCCAGCCUAAUUCAGUAGUGGAAGAUGUUCAUCCUUCACCUUGACAGUAUGACCUUUGAGGAAGUGGAUUAAACCUGUUUGUCAACUCCAGUCCUAAUCCUGACAAGCAGUUUGUCUGAA